AAAACCGGCCGCUGUUUAUAAUCUAUUUUAGGUUUUAUUUAUUUAUUUUUUCAUAAACAAAGAACAAAGCUUUCUCCCCACUAUAAAAAUCUCCCCUUUAAUACCUUCCCCCACUCAUCUUCUUCCUUCUCGCCACUCCUCUCUCCCUUUUAACCAGAUUCCUUGGGCCAAAGGCUAAACCUUUAAUUAUUCCAUAGGUGAUUAUAACAAAAUGGAGUCUUAUGCACCUCCAAGGCGGCCUUGUUUCAUCGAAGAAGACGAUGGAUUGGCUUCACUCCCUGAUAUGGAGGCCGGAUAUUCAGGAAGUAAUUACCAGAGGGUUAACAAAUAUGGGUCUUUUUCUAGACCUCUUUUGAAGAACCUCCCUUCUUUUUCUUCCGGUUCGGUCCCUUCUCCGAGGUCAGCCCGGUUCUAUGAUUCCAGAUUUGAUGAUGUUCAACAACCCCAUUUCUUGGAUGCUUGUUUCCUCUGCAACAAGCCACUCGGCGGUAACCGUGACAUCUUCAUGUACAGAGGGGACACGCCUUUCUGCAGUGAAGAUUGCAGACAAGAACAAAUAGACAUGGAUGAAGCUAAAGAGAAGAACAAGAACCUGUCUUCCUCCAUGAAAGCUAUGAGGAUGAAGGACCAAAGGAAAUCUACAUCUGCAAAUGAUGAUCAAGGUUUCCCUUUGAGAACUGGCACUGUUGCAGCUGCCUAAGAUCACAUCACAAAAGAAAUAAAACCAUAUUUACCAUAUUAUAUAUAGUUAAACGAGAA